AUGCCAGUCACCUUGCGAAGCCGUCGAGUAGCUUCCAAUGCCCCGCAAGAGAAGCGAAAGACCAAAGUCGCGCCUAAGGCGCGCAAAACUCCAACGAGGACAUCUACUCGGAUAGACACCGAAGACCACCCAGCGGUGAUACCAGAACCGCCAGACUUCCCUUUUCAGCUUCAGCCUGCAAAAUAUGGACUUAUCCAGGAGCGGGUAUGCGACAGCCUGUACGCAUUAGUAGUCCAAGUGAUCCUAUGGAAUCAAACGCGUGGCCAAAUGGCACGCCCAGUUCUUUUCAAGAUACUCGCAGCCUACCCUUCGCCAAAUGAGCUGUCCGCCGCAUCUCUCGAAGACUUAACCACAAUGCUACAACCGAUUGGCCUCCAUCGAAUUCGAGCGGCUCGCCUUAUAGCACUAGCGAAAACCUGGCUCUCGGCUCCUCCGUGCAAAGAACGAAGGUACAGGAGGUUACAUUACCCCAAUCAUGGUUGUGGUGCCGAUGUUAAGCCAGGAGAGAUUUUAGGGCCUGAUGAUGAAAGAGAAGGCUGGGAGAUUGCGCAUCUGCCUGGUAUGGGCGCCUAUGCACUCGAUAGCUAUCGCAUCUUCUAUCGCGACAGAUUGAGGGGUAUCGCACCUGUGGAUGGGAUCGAGCCUGAAUGGAAAAGAGUUGUACCGACGGAUAAGGAAUUAAUACCAUAUCUGAAAUGGAGGCGAGAAAAAGAUUGUUGA